GGGACGCUCCAACAACAACAGCUAGUCUGACACCUCGGUAGCUUUCGAGCAAACAUAGCUACAACAUUCACGCUCUUUAUACUGUUUUGGUGUAUAUUAGGCGCUGUGUAUUAAACACAUUUCUGUCGUAUGUACGUGUUGGCCCAUUUAGUUAUAUAUUUACGUUGUUUGUCAGCUAGCUGGUUAGCUAAGUUAGCUUAGAACUAGGCUAGUCGCUAAUGCUAGCUAACAUCUCCGACCAUGAGUUCACUAAGUUACUCUCCUCCUGCUAAAGAAGGGGAAGUCUGGUGGACGGAGAAAGAAGCUUUCGUGAAAGAGGAGGACGAAGAGGAGGCUGUUACAAUACAAAAACAAGUAGAGGGUGAGGCUGUUACCGUGAAAAAGAAAGAGAAAGAGGUUACAGUGAAAGAAGAGGAAGAUGUUACAGUAAAAGAAGAGAAAGAGGAGGAAGAUGUUACAGUAAAAGAAGAGGAGGAAGAGAAAGAGGAGGAUGCCGUUUUUGGAGUGAAGGAGGAGGAGGGGGAGAUUACUGUCACAUUGGAGGAAGAAGAGGAGGUUGGAGAUCUGUUUAACACCAGAGAGAGAUUGAACUACCGUGGGUCCUCUGGGGAGCCUCAACAACAUCAUGAUGCAGAGAAAAGUCUCUCCACAUCAGAACACCUCAAGAAACACCCAGAAAGAUCCACAGGAGAGAAAUCUAACCACUGUGUUUACUGUGGGAAGAGUUACUCAUGUUCAGAUUCACUAAAAGUACACCAGAGAAUUCACACAGGAGAGAAACCUUAUAGCUGUGAUCAAUGUGGGAAGAGUUUUACUCAGUCAGGCUGUCUGAUAGUGCACCAGAGAACACACACAGGAGAAAAAUCUAACCACUGUUUUGACUGUGGGAAAAGUUUCUCAAGAUCAGAUUCACUAAAAGUACACCAAAGAAUUCACACAGGAGAGAAACCUUUCUGCUGCUCUUACUGUGGGAAACAUUACUCAAGAUUAAAUUCACUACAAGGACACCUGAGAAUUCACACGGGAGAGAAAUCUUAUAGCUGUGAUCAAUGUGAGAAGAGUUUUGCUCAGUCAGGCAAUCUGCUAGUGCACCAGAGAACACACACUGGAGAGAAACCUUAUGGCUGUGAUCAAUGUGGGAAGAGUUUUACUCAGUCAGGCAGCCUGAUAGUGCACCAGAGAAUACACACUGGAGAGAAACCUUAUGGCUGUGAUCAAUGUGGGAAGAGUUUUACUCAGUCAGGCAGCCUGAUAGUGCACCAGAGAGCACACACCGGAGAUAAACCUUAUGGCUGUGAUCAAUGUGGGAAGAGGUUUGUUGCAUCUAACUAUCUGACGACACAUCAGAGAACACACAGAGAGAAAUCCUACGGCUGUAAUCAAUGUGGGAAGAGUUUUACUCAGCCAAACAUUCUGAUAGUACAUCUGAGAACACACACAGGAGAGAAACCUCAUAGCUGUGAUCAAUGUGGGAAGAGAUACUCUGAUAAAAGAUCUCUGAUCAAACAUCAGAAAAUACAUACAUGAAGGAGUUGUUUCAUGAUAUCAAUGAAAUGAUGUCACAAUGUAGAAUGUUUUAACAUUGUAGUAGGAGUAUUUUAACGAUGUCACAAUGUAGAAUGUUUUAACAUUGUAGUAGGAGUAUUUUAAUGAUGUCACAAUGUAGAAUGUUUAAACAUUGUAGAAGGAGUAUUUUAAUGAUGUCAUAAUGUAGAAACCUAAACGUUUGUCCCCUGUUCUAUUGAUUUCAACAUGACAUGGAUAUUAGCCUCAGAGGGAAAAUCCAGGCCCUGAAUUGUGAAUUGAAUGAGUACUAUUUAUGUGAUUUAAGAAAAAGUGACUAACAAAAAGAGUUGGGUUAUACUUACCACGUUGGUGACCCACUUGAAUCAAAAUGCAGCACUUAAAUGUAGCGAGCUGUUUUCUAGAAAUUGUGCUCUAACCACUGAUGUACACAUUAUUCCCAGAUUCUGUGUGGUUUUUGAGCUGUUAAUUUUAACAGGAUGUCCCCCCUCUAUCGCGCAAUAUGAGUGAUGACAAAUAAGUGUUGCGUUUCUCUUAGUGUUGGGGACCCAUAAACUCAAAAUGUAGCUGACUGUCUUCUCCAGGUUGUCCUCUAAUCAGUGAGGUAAAAGAUAUCUCCCAUUUCCAUGUGUUUUUUUUAGUUGUGUUAGUUUCAACAGCACGAACAACCUGAUUUCCCCCCUAAUCGAUAUCAGUGAUUUAAUUUCAAUGUACUUGCAACCUAUACACAUGGACACAGUAUAAUAAAUUGGUCUAUAAUUAAUUUUAUUAACAAUCUGACAUCACUCCAGUAUUUCUUUACAACAUUCAAAUGCUAAUUGUCUUUAUUCCACUACUGAAGAAGCAUGACUCAAAUCACCUCAUAUUUCAAACAUCCAGCCUGACAAAAGAUACAUGUUUUAAUAUUCCAUGCCUCACCAUUAAGUGAAUUAUUGCCAAUAUAUAUUAACAAAGGGGUGUACAUUUGGUUUUGAUAUUUCACGUUUACAAUUCCUGUAAUAUUUAGUAAUCAUAAUUAUUUAUGCAACCAACUGACAAUUUUUGGGUACAAUUAUAUUGACAUUGUUGCCCUGCUUUUAGAAUAUCAGGGUUCAUUCUCAGAUGUGCCAACCCAAAUGUACUAGAGCAUGACAUUGGGGACUGGGCCCAAAUCCAACAACAUGCCUAUCGAGUGAACCCUGAAAAGAGAGAGAAGCUCCGCAGUGAGAUGGAAAGUUACUACGGAUAUUGCAGGAGUUUCCUCUUGAAAUCAGACAUGUCUGUGGUAAGGACAACUUGGUUGCUGAUUGCCUCAAGGGUGGGCAGUCAAAAAGUUUAGUGUUUUGCGUUUAGCCAGUGAGUUGCCAUGGAUCACAAUUUAUUUUGACUGCAUGUUUUUCCGUAUUGGAGAUUAAUUUUGUUUGGGCUCGUUUCAAGGGGACGAGGGUUCUAGAAGCUAGUGAGUUUUAGGAUUCUAUAGAAAGAAAAAUUAGAAAAUAUAUUUAUAUAUAUUUAUAUUUAAUUUUUUUGAAAUUAGUUUUUCUUGUUUUUAAUUGUUGACAGCCGGUAGGCACCAUGUUUAUAUUGUAGAAGGUGAAACAUUGUAGCUGAUUAUAAUGGAAAAUGGAAAUUGUUUUCUGUUGGUGGUGAGAACUUGUCCAACAGAAAUAUAGGAUAUAUUUGUUGUCUCAAGGGGGAAGGUGUUACAGGCUUUGGUUUUUCCAUUUAUGUUUUGAGGUUGUACUUUAGCACGUAGGAAAGGGGGAUACCUAGAUACGUUAGCACGGCUAGCUCGUUAGCCCGUCUAGCUCGUUAGCACGUAGGGCGCACUGAUUGGUGUCACCUCGUUAGUCAGUAUGUGUUACACCUGUGCUGGCUUGUCCAUCUCGUUAGUGGGAAGGUGUUUCACCUGAGCUGGUCCAGGUUCUAUUUAAGAGUGUCUGGCCCAGUGCUCCAGUUGUCUUGAUAGAUGUGGAGAGUCAACACCUUUAGUUGCGCCACCUUUUUGGUUUGCGUCCUGUCUUUAAGUUUGGUGUGGGUUUUUCUUUUGUUUUCCUCUUCUUGGUCAGAUUUAGUUGGCCUCAUGGUGGGUGUCUUUUAGGUCCCAGUUGUUGUUACUAGUCAACUUUCAUUGGACACCCCCAUAGUGUCCAUAGCCACCGUGCUUUUACACCUGCAUUGUUUGCUGUUUGUGGUUUUAGGCUGGGUUUCUGUACAGCACUUCGAGAUAUUAGCUGAUGUACGAAGGUCUAUAUAAAUAAAUUUGAUUUGAAAAAAAUAAUACAUUUGAUUUGAUUUGUCUUUCAGAGCCCAUCCUAAAAAAACAAGCUUAUAUUUUGGGUUGGAUAUUUUAACAUAUUAAUCAAUGGCAUUUCCUUAGGAUUCUCAU